AUGGGAGGGGAAGAAGAAGCAAACGAAAGCCUGUCUGGCACGUCAGUUCAAAGUGCCCCUGAUUACGUCCUCAAUCCACUUUCUAUUUUCCGAAUGGCGCGCAAGUCAAUUCCUGACAUGCAAGCACCAGAGAAAGCCGCAACUUCUUCCGCCCCAAAUAGCACGAAACCUGACUCGGUGACUGAUAUGGAUCGGCAGCUCAGUGAUGAUCUAGCUCGUGAGUCACAGAACUGUGGCCCUACAUACCCCGAGGUCAGCCAUGAAAACCCCGAGGAGCUUCAAUCGCUAUUCAUGUCGGAUUUGGGAUGGGCGUGGCAGCCUGCAGAUACGGCCGUUGGAUCUGGCAUCAAAGGGAUGCCGAAUUAUUCAAGAACGCAUUGA